UACAGCUGUUCCCAAGCACGGCUUGCUUAAAACCCUUGCGUAUUCUGGCGCUCUUUCCAAUCACAAUAAGGGUUUAAGCGGGAGGGAGAGAAAGAGUCGGUCUCUACAGUUAGGGCUUUUCAUUAUAAGUCACAGGAGGCGAUUGCUGAACACAGCUUCAACAAAUAAUAAUGUCUUUUUGGGGUAUUGAAAUCAAACCUGGGAAACCCUUCGUUCUUUAUCGUCAUGAGACUCCAGGAAAGAUUCAAAUCACCCAGGCGACUUUGGGCACGGGAAUAUUAACAAAGAGAAGUGUUGUUCAAUGCAAUAUUUCUGGCAAAAGUCCAGUUUUGUUAUGCGCACUAUUGCCGGACAAGAUUGAAUCAUUAUCUUUGAAUCAUCAAUUUGACGAGGAAGAUGACGUGACUUUCUCAGUUCUUGGCUCCCGAAGUGUUCACCUUACAGGGUUCUAUUGUGAGAGUGGUAGAGGUCGACGCGUCGCCGAUGGUGAUUCUGAUUCGGAGUCAUAUGGGGUAGAUAUUGUUGAAACUGACAACGAGGCUGAUCAGUCUGCUGAUAGUGAAGAGGAAGAUGACUUAGAUGGCUUUAUUGUUGAUGAUGAUGAUGAUGAUAUUGAAAUGUCUCCACCAUCGAAAGGCCGUAAGAGUGCAGUUGUGGAAAUUGAGGAGACAGUUGAUGAUGAAAAACCUUCAAAUAAGAAAGGCAAGCGCAGACAUCUUAUAAAAAAGUAUCAAGUAAGUGACACAGAGGUCGAUGAGGUAGAGAUUGGUGUCAAGGAUAAUGCUCGUUGUGAGGUUUCUGGGAGUGAAGAUGAAGACAUUGUUCCUAUUUCUCAUUUAAUUAAGAACAAAUCCUCCACUGAGAGCAAAGGAGAAGCUAAUAGUAAUUCUGAGAUACAAUUAGCUAAGGUAAACAAGGAGGGGAAUGGUAGCAGUGAUCCUGACACAUUUGAUAUAUUGAAAGUCAGCGAAGCAGAACAGAUAUCUGAACUACCUAAAGAUUCCUCUACGACAUCUGCUGAUAUUGAUCAAGAAAACAAUGUAAAGGCAAAGAAGAGAAAGAAAAGAAGUCGUGGUGAAGAUGGGGAUACAAAGACUGAACAGGAUCAUGAUCGUGUCGAACUGAAGCCUAAGGAGGAGCAACCUAGUGCCAUUCCACCCAAAGAUUCAUCGGCUGACAUCGUGCUUGAGAGCGAUGUUAAAUCCAAGAAGAAAACUAGAAGGAAUCGUGGUGAAGAUGGUGCAAAAUCUAAAAACAUGGAUCAAGAUUGUGGAGGAGUCAAACCCGAGGAGGGGCAACCUAGUGAUAGGCUAGAGAGUGAUGUUACACCUAAGAAAAAACGUAGGAGGAAUCAUGGCGAAGAUGGAGCUGCAAAGACCAAAACCAUGGAUCUGGAUCUUGCUGGAGUCGAACCUGUAAAGGAGCAACUUACUGACAUGGUUUGUGGUGAGGAUGUUAAUGCAAAGAAUGAAAACAUGGACCAGGAUCCUGCUGAAAUCAAAACCAGGAAGAAUCGGGAAAACGACAAGAUUAUCAAUUCGGUUGGUCAUGUCAGUAAUCAAGAUAAUGGCGAGGUGAAGAAAAAGAAGAAGAAGAAAGCCCAAAAGAGUGCUGAGAAUGUAUGUGAUGAAGAAGAUAAGAAAUGAUGAGAAAGAGAACACAAACAAUGGUAUUUUGACAGAUUAGUACACCUAAGUAGGUGCUUUUGCUAUAAACGUCCUCCUACAGUAGUUUUUCAGAUAUACCCAUCGAAGAUUGGUGAAAGAUUACAAAAUUGAGUCAUUUUAUCGCUAUGUCAAAGGUGCAUUCUAUCAAUCUUCUGAGAUGUUCUCGCUUUCACAGUUGCAUUGACAUCAAAAACAUUGUCCAAAUUUUUUAAGCAAGAUCAAAGGAUUCUUUGGUUGGCUGUUGGGGCAGGAUCUUGGUCCCAAGUUCUUCUAUUUUUUUUU